GCUGGCCAACGAGCGUUUGGCGAAGGAGACCGAGUCCCUGGUGGCCAAGCUGAGCCGAGCGCAGACCGAGCUGGAGACGCAAGCCGUCGCGCUGGACAAGGCGAUCCACGACUCGCACCGCAAGAACACGGAGCUCCGGACGCGCGAGGACGAGCUGUCCAAGAUGAGGAUCGAGGUGGCGCGACUCAGCAAGGCGCGCGAGGCGGCCGAGAAGCGCGCGCGCCAGGAGGAGGCGUGGCGCGCCGAGCAGCGCGCCGAGCGCGAGCGGCUGCAGGCGUCGCUGGCCGUGGUCGAGCGCACCGCCGAGCAGGCCGACAAGCAGCAGCGCGCCGCCAAGGCCGAGCUCGACAGGCUGGGCCGCGACAAGGGCGUCACGGAGCGGCAGCUGCUCGCCCUCAAGAUGGAACUGGCCGAGCAGCGCAAGUCGGCUGCCGAGGUGGAGCAGGCGUCGGCCCAGCUGCGCCUCGAGGUGCAGCGCUGCGAGGAGGAGCUGGCCGCCAAGGCCGCCGAGGCGGAGCAGCUGGCCAGCGACAACGACAAGUGCACCUCCCAGGCGGCGCAGCUGGCGCAGCAGGUGCGGCGCAGCAAGCGCGACGUGUUCCACCUGCAGGUGCUGGUGGAGAGCGGGCGCCGGCGCCUGCAGGAGGCCGAGGAGCAGCUGGGCGCGCGCCGCAAGGAGGGCGACUCGCUCCGCGUCGAGGCCAACAAGCUAGAGCGGCAGCUCGCGCUCGCGAGGGACGAGGCCCACGAGCUCAAGGAAAAGCUGCAGGCGGCGCGCAGGGACGCCACGCAGCUCAAGGAGGAGGUCUCCAGUCGAGAGUUCAUGCUGUUCAAGAGCCGUAGCGAGCUGCAGAGGUCCGAGAGGGACCGCGACAGCCUGCGCCUGCAGGUGCAGGGCUUGCAGCUGCAGGUGGAGACGCAGCGGGCUUCCCUCGGCUCGGCGCGCUUGGCCGAGGAUGGUCUUCAGCAACAGGUCAAGCAGCUGUCCGCGGAGAAGCAGGCCGCGAACCGGCAGCUAGCACAGGCGCGCGACGAGACGGCGCUGCUGGCCACGCAGCUGCAGCGGCGCAACGAGGAGGCCCGCCUACUGCACGAGAAGGUGGGCAUCCUGGGCGCCGUGCUGGCCAAGGGGAGGCAGAGCUACGCGCGCCGCCUGGACGACGUGCGCCUGCUGCGCGUCGAGAUCAAGCGCACGCGUCUGGAGAAGAGGAACCUGGCCGCCAUGAUCCGGAACUCGGCCGAGCUCCGCCUGGAGCUGUACCAGACCACGAGGCAGCUCACGCACAGCCAGGUCAAGUGCCGCGCGCUGGAGGAGGAGCUGCACACCCCGCUCAACGUCCACCGCUGGCGGAAGCUGGAGGGAGGUACCUGCCGUACCUCAGGGAGCCUCAGGGAAGACCUCAGCGUCCAACUCAUUGGUAUUUCUUUGGCUGCAGGGCACCGACCCGCCGCACUACGAGCUGGUCAUGAAGGUGCAGCUGCUGCAGCGCCGUCUGCUGGCACAGUCGGCACAGGUGCUGGUGCGAGAGGCCCAGCUGCGUGAGGCCGAGCAGAAACUGCUUCAGCUGCAGCUCGAGUUGUCUAGGGCGCCUGGCCUCCAGCUCCAGGACCAGCUGCAACAGUGCCAGCGCCUGCUGCUCGAGCGCGCCCGCCGGUUGAAGUGUCUGUCGUCAGAGGUGCGGAUGCACGAGACUAGGGCGGAGGCACACCAAGUGGAGCAGCAGAAGGCACAAGAGGAAAUUGCUACAUUGAAACAAAAAUACUUUCAUUUG